AUGUCACCGACGACAUGUGCGCGGAUAUGCAGCUUAUUUUGGUGGCUUUCUCUCCUCCAGCUUGCCACGGGGGCCGAAGUGGAUGAGGACGCCAUCGACAAGGCCAGUUCCGGUCCGGUAUACUCGUACCGGCCGAGCAGUGUCGAUUUCGGCCUCGCAUCGUCCAACGACAGCAUCUUGUCAGAUGACGGUUCCCCCUGGUCAUACAAACCAACGUGUACAGCGAAUCUCAGCGAGAUCGGCAGCGAAUUGUGCGUGUACACGGCCAAGUUCUUCAGCAAUGGCCGCGGCAUCUCGAUCUUCACGACGCCUGCCAUCGCAGUGGAAUUCGCCGUCACUCUGGCUUUCUUGGAUGAGCAAGAGCCACCACCCAUGCCAGACAACACGCUUCGUAUCAACACCUUCACCGGUGCCUGGUACACUCAGUCUGUACCGGGCAAGGGGAUGGGCACGCUGGCGAAGCGCGACCUGCUCCGCGGCGACACCAUCACGGCGUAUACCCCCGUGCUGCUCGCGUACAAGGAAGACAUUCUCCCCCGAGACGAGCGGGAGAGGUUCCUGCAGCUGGCCCUGGCCCAACUGCCGCCCCCGUCGCGUGAAGCGUACUUGAAGCUGGCCACCAUCUCCCACUCCGACGACCCGAGUGUCUUUCCCGCGCAGGAGAUCGCCAGCGCGAACGCAUUUGAGAUGGUGCUCCCCGAGCAGAAGAAGAAGAAGAAGAAGAAGGAGGAUCAAGCAAGUCCUCCUCCUGCCGCAGCAUCGGCCGCAGCGUCGGCGAAAGCUCACCUGGCCAUCAUCCCCGAAGCGUCGCGCAUGAACCACGACUGCGCGCCCAACGCCAUCUUCCACGUGAACGCCUCGACGCUGACACACGUCGUGCGCGCGACCCGUCCCAUCCACCAGGGCGAGGAGAUCACCAUCGCGUACACCAACCCGCUGGCCCCGCGCGCCACGCGACAGAGAUACCUCGCCGGCGCGUUCCACUUCAAAUGUACGUGCGGGCGUUGCCUUCGCCACGGCACCGGUACAGAUGCAGAUGCAGAUGCAGUACUGGCCGAGAUCUCUGCGCUGCAGACCGCAUUGUCGCGCUGGUCAGAUCCGACGGGCUCAGUCGCGGACGCCGGCGCCAACAACAUCAAACGCAUCGAGCGCCUGGUGCGCUUGCUCCGCGACGAGGGCCUGGAGGGAUACCUCGACCCAGCCUACUGCAUCGCCGCGCUGGUGUACAGCGCCGCCGGCAGCGUCCGGGGUGCCCGCAAGUACCUCGCCCUGGCGAUCGAGGCCAUCGAGCUGCGCCUCGGGCCUGGCGCGCCGGACCUGCCGGCUUGGAGGGACAUGUUGCAAGAUCCGACGAGGCACUGGAGCUGGAUGCUCAGCAAGAGGAAGAAGGGCAAGAUAUGA